AUGUUAUGUUUAUCAACUGAUGUAAAGGUUCCUUCAAACUGGAUCAAGGUAAAUAGCACAAAGAAAACAAUUCGGUAUCACCCUCCUAAAGUAGUGACAGCAUUAGACAAGUUAUCAUUAGCAGAAGAGGAGCUCACUGUUGCCUGCCGAGCUGCCUGGAAUAGCUUUCUUAGGGACUUCAGUAAACACUAUGCUGAGUUCCAAGCUGCUGUUCAAGCACUAGCUGCCUUAGAUUGUCUGCAUUCAUUUGCCAUUCUUUCAAGAAAUAAGGGUUAUGUUCGCCCAGUGUUUGUAGAUGAUCAUGAGCCUGUUCAAAUACAAAUUUGUUCUGGUAGACAUCUGGUUUUAAAGACUACCUUACAAGACAAUUUUGUCCCAAAUGAUACAAACAUGCAUGCAGAUGGAGAGAACUGUCAGAUUGUUACUGGACCCAAUAUGGGGGGAAAAAGUUGCUACAUUCGCCAGGUGGCUCUGAUUGCUAUAAUGGCUCAGGUUGGUUCCUUUGUACCAGCAUCAUCAGCAAAACUUCAUGUCCUGGAUAGAAUCUACACCCGGAUGGGUGCUUCUGACAGUAUUCAGCAAGGGAGAAGCACCUUCCUAGAAGAAUUAAGUGAGACUUCACAUAUACUCCAUAGCUGCACAGAACAUUCACUGGUUGUCAUAGAUGAGCUUGGGAGAGGUACAAGUACACAUGAUGGUAUGGCCAUUGCUCAUGCGACGUUGUAUUAUCUUCUGAAGCAAAAAAGAAGCAUGGUCCUCUUUGUCACACACUAUCCCAAGAUUGCCAGUCUGGCAACUGAAUUUCCUGGCUCUGGCAGCGUAUCACGUGUCACAUCUGACCUCACACGAUGCAAGUAA